UGAAUGCGGUGGUAUACCGUGUAGCUUGUGGCCCAGAUCGCACACCACAGAGUUCAGUUCUGACUGUCCAGACGUUGCGGAUCGCGAAAUGACAGGCGCCAAUCUUUGCAGGUUCAUCACUUGAGGAUAUGCCAUUACGGAAGUGCACAUUAGCGCCGAGCAGCGACCAAAGAGAAGAAGUGAAGUUUUGCACUCUUGACUUGCUCUCAAACAAAUGUCGUCCCACUAAAAUGAGAACGCAGCCGUUGGGUUCCGAGGAACAAUGAAAGAAGAAAAACGCAAUUGCAGGAAUAGUGCAGAAAGAAUCUGUCAUACACUACUGACAAUUUAACAGAAUGAGCACGACGCUCUGUAUCUCAGCAAUAGACGGCGACGAAACCACGAUAUAAUAACUCAGGCAGUAUCUAUUAAUUCCAAAGAAUAUGGCUGACUACCUCACAGAGCUGUGCCAUAGUAACCCGCUGGAUCCCUUACCUGUGUGGCAGAAUGGUACCAUUGGACAAUGCUUCAAUCAGCUAGUGUUGAAUGCUUUACCUCACACUCUUCUCGCAGUCUCAAGUGCUUGCUAUUUAGGCACCUCAAGGAGAGAUGGUUUUCGAGUCACCCCAUCUUGUGGAUGGAGCUGUAGAAUUUGUGUGUCUUUCCUUCUGGCACUCCUGUUCAUCACUGAUAUUGGUGUAGUUGCCUUCCUUCACAACUCUACGCUCUAUUUGGACAUUCUGGUCAAUGGUAUCGGUACACUUGCUUGGUUAAUUCACAGCAUAGCCUUGCUGUCUCUUCGGAAAUCUGCUUAUGGAAUGACAAAAGGCCCAGCAACAUUGCUGGUUCUGGCUCUCCUACCUGUCAUCACUUUGGUCAUCACUUUAAUAUCUUUUUGCUUAGACAGCAACUAUACAGACAUUGCUCAUCCACUUCUUUUGCUUCGCCUGGUACUCGUCUCAGUACAGCUGCUUUUACUUCUGAUCUAUUUAGUUGCAUUUCUGGUACCAUCUGCCAGACAACAUCACUCCCAUUCGGUUAAUGAUUCAGAUUAUGCCCCGUUAUUACUGGAUGCUUGUUUAAGAGGACCAGAUGGGCAAAUUGUUGCAGAGGAUGGCAGUAGCUGGGUUUCAAAGCUUUUCUACUUGUGGCUGAAUCCUCUGAUGAAACAAGGUGAGCUCCAGGAACUGAACAGAUCUUCUGAUGUUUACCUGCUCCCAAGAAGACUUCGUGUCAAAACUGUCAGAAGUCACUUUGACAAUUGUUGGGAGAAAUGCAGACAGGAAAAAGCAGCUCUGGAGGAAUCCCUUGUGAACAACAGGACAGAUGUCCUAGGCGGUAGACUUCAGAAUGGCCCAAGGGACAGGGCUCGAGAGUACACUGAUGAAUAUCAAGACGAAAAACAGGGUCACAAAGUGAUUGAUGAACCAGAAAUCAAACUGCUAUCUGUUUUGCACAAAGCAUUUGGCUUGAAGUACUAUAUGCUGGGGGUCAUCAAAUUGCUUGGAAGCAUGCUUGGAUUUGCAGGCCCACUGUUGUUAAAUGACUUGGUCACUUUCAUGGAAUCAGGAACUGCUCCUGUUAGUCAUGGAGUGUGGUGUGCCAUUGGUCUCUUUGCCAGUUCUUUCUUUGGUGCCUUACUUCGAAACUAUUUUGUAUUUGAGGUGUCCAAGGUGGCUCUUUGUGCCCGAUCUGCUGUAAUUUCUGCCAUAUAUCGCAAGGCAUUGCGUGUCAGUAGUACUACUCUGGCACGUUUCACUUUGGGUGAAGUUGUUAACUUUAUGAGUACGGAUACGGACCGCUUAGUGAACUUUUUCCAAAGUUUUCAUGAGGUGUGGAGUCUGCCGUUCCAGUUUGGAAUCACACUCUAUCUGCUGUACCUCCAGGUGGGCGUUGCCUUCCUUGGUGGGCUUGCCUUGGCACUACUGUUAGUCCCAAUGAACAAGGUGAUUGCCAACAAAAUCAUGGAGAACAACAAACACAUGUUAAGGCACAAGGACACACGUGUGAAGCUGGUAACAGAGGUCUUAUUUGGCAUACGUGUGGUGAAAUUUUAUACCUGGGAAAAGCUGUUUUCUGAGAAAAUCUCUGCCUGCAGAAAACUAGAAUUGGCCCGUCUGAAAACCAUCAAAUACCUGGAUGCUGUUUGUGUGUACACCUGGGCUGCUCUUCCUGUAGUCGUUUCAAUCCUCACUUUCAUUACCUACGUCCUACUGGGCCAUGAACUGACAGCUGCCAAGGUUUUUACUGCAUUGGCGCUAGUUGGCAUGUUGAUAUUGCCUCUGAAUAACUUCCCAUGGGUUUUGAAUGGAACCUUAGAGGCUAAAGUAUCCCUUGACCGAAUCCAACGUUUCCUCCAACUUUCAGAUCAAAACUUAAAUGCUUACUACAGCCUCACAAUUCCCGAUGACCCUCAUGCAGUGAUUGAGUUAAAACAGUCAACUUUUACAUGGUUUGUACCAAGAAAUAGAGACCUACAGGAGACCAUUGCAGAGGAUGAAAACCACCAGGGCAGUCUUCAGCUGUGCAAUUUGAACCUCACUGUAAAAAAGGGAACAUUUGUUGCUAUUAUUGGCAAGGUAGGCUGUGGAAAGAGCUCGUUGCUUUCUGCUAUCACUGGAGAACUAAACAGGUGUGAGGGUGUGGUAUAUGUACAGGGCAGAGAUCAGGGUUUUGGACUUGCUGUUCAGGAGCCGUGGAUUCAACAUGCUACUGUCCGUGAAAACAUCCUAUUUGGUAAAGAAUACAACAGCCGAUUUUAUCAAGCAGUCAUUGAGGCCUGUGCACUGACAGAUGACCUCAAUAUACUGCCUCACAGGGACCAAACAGAAGUGGGAGAAAAUGGAGUCACCCUCAGUGGAGGGCAGAAAGCUCGACUGGCCCUUGCCAGAGCAGUGUACAUGGAAAAGGAAAUUUACCUCCUAGAUGAUCCAUUAGCUGCUGUUGACUGUGAUGUAGCUAAUUUCCUCCUGGAGAAGUGCAUUUUGGGAAUCCUAAAACACAAGACACGAAUUCUGUGCACACAUCGACUAGAGUUCUUAGACAAGGCUGAUGUUAUUGUUCUGAUGGACGAUGGAAAGAUUGCUCAAAUAGGGACACCUUCUGAGAUUCUUCCAAUAAUAGAGGCCCUUCCAAAAACAAGAAAAAAUGAUGAGAACAUGAAGGAGAAAGACAAUACUGAGAAUGACCAAGAGAAAGAUAAUUCCCUAGACCAAGAUGUCACUGUGUCUACCUGUAUUGGGGACGAACAGAAGCAGAUGGGUGCUGUGGCACUGAGGGUUUAUAAGGCUUACUGGCUGGCUGUAGGCAGUUGUCUGGCAUUGUUCAUCCUCCUUUCACUUCUUCUUAUGCAAGCCUCAAGAAAUAUCUCAGACUGGUGGCUCUCCAAUUGGAUUGCCAGUUUAAACCAUAAAAGCAACAUCUCAUCAGAAGUCCUGCAAGUCAAACUUUCACCCCGUUUACUCCUAUUCUGUCCUGGUGGCCUACUGUACCCUGUUACAAUUCCUGAGGAGAACACUACAUUGCACACUAACACUUCAGAUGUAAAAUUCUACCUAAUUGUCUAUGGUUCUAUUGCUGCAGCCAAUUCUGUCUUCACAGUUAUUCGAGCAUUCUCCUUUGCCUAUGGAGCCAUUUGUGCUGCAACCAUCAUUCAUGACAGACUACUGAGCAGGGUGUUGAAGGCCACCAUGACUUUCUUUGACACCACCCCCUUGGGCCGCAUUGUCAAUCGUUUUUCAUCUGACCUGUAUUGUGUAGAUGACUCCCUGCCAUUCAUACUGAACAUCCUUCUGGCGAAUGUCUUUGGGCUACUGGGAAUGCUGAUAGUAAUAAGCUAUGGGCUGCCCUGGAUUCUGCUAGUGCUGUUUCCUCUUGGCAUCCUUUACUACUACAUCCAGAGAUACUACCGGCAAACCUCCAGGGAACUGAAGCGGUUGUAUAGCCUCACCCUGUCACCAAUUUACACACAGUUUUCUGAAACUCUUACUGGGCUUACUACAAUUCGAGCAAGCCGUGCAGCACCCAGGUUUGAGCAGGAAAAUGAGAAUCGUUUGGAAGCCAACCAGCGCUGUCUGUUUGCAAGUAAUGCAGCCAUGCAGUGGUUGGAUAUUCGGUUGCAGAUGUUGGGUGUUGCUGUAGUUACUGCAAUUUCUGUGAUUGCAGUUAUACAACAUCAGAAGAAAUCCGUAGAUCCAGCUUUGGUAGGCCUGGCUCUGUCAUAUGCCUUAUCUGUCACAAACCUUCUCUCUGGGCUUAUAUCCAGCUUCACUCAGACAGAGACUCAGAUGGUGAGUGUGGAGCGGACAGAAGAGUAUUCUACUGAUAUUCCCACUGAACCACAAGAAGCCACCCUAAAGGCAGUUCCCAUGUGGCCUAGCCAGGGACAAAUUGAGUUCCAUGGAGCAGUUUUAGUAUAUCGACCUGGCUUACCUAAUGCCUUAGACGGAGUGGAUCUGGUCAUUCAUUCUGGGACAAAGGUUGGAAUUGUGGGUAGAACUGGUUCUGGAAAAUCUUCAAUGUUCCUAGCACUGUUUCGCAUGGUAGAGCUGAGCGGAGGAGAAAUUUUUAUUGAUGACAUUAACAUUGGCCUCAUCAGCCUGGAAGUUCUGCGGUCAAAGCUUGCAAUCAUUCCACAAGAUCCUUUCCUGUUUAGUGGAACCAUUCGGGAAAAUCUGGACCCAUGGGGUCAUCAUUCUGAUGCCGAGCUAUUCAGCGUACUUGAACAAUGCCAUCUAAUAAAUGUUGUUACAAGAAUGGGUGGGCUUGGUGCAGAAGUGGGAGAGAGGGGAAAGACUCUGUCUGUUGGGCAACGCCAGUUGGUAUGCUUGGCUCGAGCAUUGCUGACACAAGCUAAGAUUUUAUGCAUUGAUGAAGCCACAGCCAGUGUGGACCAGAAAACAGACAAAAUUCUUCAGAAUACCAUACGGGAGAAAUUCAAAGAGAAAACAGUUCUUACAAUUGCUCACAGGCUUAACACUAUUAUGGAUUAUGAUAAAGUUCUAGUGAUGCAUUUGGGGAAAGUGGUGGAAUUUGAUUCUCCAGCAGCCCUAUGCCAAGAAGAGACUUCCUUUUUUUAUAAACUUGUUCACAGUAAGACAGGGUAAGAUCAAGCCACGGAGUUCAAGAGAGCUAGAUGUUGGCACUGAAAUGCUGAAUAUUCAUAGCAAACCAACCAGUGUUUUAAAAAUGUUAAAGCUGGAUGUUCUUGUACUGAAAAUCUUUCAAUUAUGUACUACAUGCCUCAUCAUGUAAUAUUACAAAUCUGAUAGCAGAGGAUUCGGUAUGUUAACAGGUGUCAUGCUAUCCAUUGUUAAUUGCGUCACUUUUCAGCAGUAAGAAGAAGAAGUAUGUACAUUGUAAUAAUCUAUGUUUUUGCCAAAGUUCUUCAUUAUUUUCUUUAUAUUUUAAUUUUUAUGUAGUAAUAAAUUAUUUCGCUGUGCUGUAGUCAGUAUGGGGGGUUAUAGACUUACAGGUUAGAUAUUUCAGUUUUUCCAGUUGUAUGUGCACAAUACUGUAUAUCCUCAGUGUUUAUUUACAGUAUAUGAUGCCUUUUUGCAUGAAGUGUAACUAAUUAGUAAUUCUUGAGAUAAGAUUUCAGAAUUAGAAUUACAAAUGGAAUGCUCUAGAAGAUUAACAGAAGGGUAUCAAUUUAAAUCAUUGACUUAGAGGCACAUGACAGAUGUCUUCUACAUCUCUCCACUAUAAUAAAAAAAUCUUUGGACAAGACGUGACUUCUGGAAGAGACUUUUUGGAAGGAAGUCCCACAAGACGGGGACUUUUACUAUGAGAUUCUUUCAAGUUACACCAUACUUACAACUUUUGGAAGCAAGUCACACGAGUUGGAGACUUUUGCCAUGAGAUUCUUUCAAGUCACGCACUACUUACAACUAUUUUCAAACAAGACCACGGUCAUCAGGUA